AUGAGUUUUACAAAUGAAGAUAUUUAUAAUUUAAUUAAAGAAGAAAACAAAUUAUUAAGAUCAGAGCUUUGCAAAGUAAAGCUUGAAAUAAAAAAUGAAAUAGAUAUUCUUAAAAAUAAAAAUAUAGAAUUGGAACAACAAGUAACUAAUUUACAAAACAAAAUUAGACAAAUUGAAAAAAAACAAAAGAAAUUUAACAUCAUUGUUUACGGCCUACCGGGGGAAGAAAAAGAAACUAGUGCCAAUUUCUUCAAACUUCUAGACGAUUGUUUUAGUAUUGGCUGUAGCAGUAAAGAUAUAAGAGAUAUUUAUAGAAUCGGAAAAAACACUGGCAAUCCUCAAAAACCUAGACCAGUUCUAUUAGAGCUCAUAAGCUACUCCUUGAAAGUGGAGAUCCUAAAGAAGGCAGCUGAUAAAAUUGAGACUCUCAAAACGAAGAACAUCUCAUUAACUCCCGACUUUGAGAGUGAAGAAUACCAGCAAAGGAAACUUCUUUACAAAUACUCGAAAGAAGCUAGGGAUAAAGGUCUUUCUACCAAAAUAUUAAAAGGAAAAAUUAUCAUCGACAAAAAAGAAUAUUCUUACGAAGAAUUACUUGCAAAAGAAAAAAAAACAAACUCAGCAAUAGAGGGACCUAGUUUACCGGAAGUUGUAGAGAAACCUAAAUUUAAUACCACCGGAACUGUGACUCUAAGAUCUAGAAACGUUAAAAAAUAA